AUGGAUUACAUAUACGAGCAAGCGUUUGCGACCAUUGUAGCUCUGGGUGAGAACGCAAAUGUUGGUCUUCCAGGCGUAGAUGGUGGACCCCGACGACACCCACAGUUAGUCGCUGAAUUUGGUCCCGUCAGAUUGCUCUCCCGCUGCCCGACGCUUUCUUCUCAAAUCAAUGAUUCGGUGUGGCUAUCGCGCGGAUGGACGUAUCAAGAAGGUCUUUUCUCCAGGCGGUGCCUCUUCUUCUCGGAACAUCAGGUCUACUUCCAUUGCAACAAUAUGCUGUGCACGGAAGACUCGCCUUCAGCAGUCUAUGUUUCGGCAGUCACCGAUCCGAAGAAUAUGGCAAAAGAGAACCCAUAUUGGAACGCUGAUCGGAACUAUAUCCGCUCAAACACUUUGUGGACCGGAAAACUCGCUGGAAGUAUAUACACCUACGUCGAAUACCUCGGACAGUAUGUUUGUCGAGAUGUCUCCUAUGACUCGGAUGCCGUCAACGCAUUCGGCGCGGUGCUGUCCCGAUUGCAACGCGACUCCUUUCCCAACGGUUUUGUGCAUGGAAUACCUCGAGAUACUUUCAGAGAGGGAUUGCUAUGGUCUGCCGCUGGUAACAUUUCUCGGCGCGCGUCCGGUGGAUUUCCAAGCUGGACUUGGGCGGCAUGGAAGACUGGCAAAUCCGGUAUCACAUACGGCCCUGUCGCCGCUGCAAACGAUGACCAGUCCAGCACCAUCGUGCCUCAUCCGCUCAGCAUUUCGCUUGGCCAAAACAACCUUUACAGAUCCCAAACCACAAACAUGCGUCUUUCCGAUUCAGGGCUGGAGCUCCAGGCUCUAUGGGGUGCUUAUUCUAACUCACACAAAAGCCUUCCUCCGAGAAAAGUACCCCGGUCAAUUACUGCUGACGCUCUCUACAUCGAUGGUCCAAUCGUCAGCCUUCCAGUCACUUACAACGCUGCAACACAAGUAGUAGGCUUCACAGCUCCGCCUCAUCUUCCCAAAGUCCGCAUGAUGGAAGUAUGGCCAUUGAUGGUCGAGAAAUGCCGUGAUGGGUUUUGGUUUGGGUCACUGCCAGUGGCUAAGGGAGUGCCAAGUCGUCGCGACUUUCUAGUAUUGCGAUCGAAGCAUGUACCGAAAUACAACUAUCUAGCCGACAUACAGUUCACACUGCUGUUGCUGGACUGGACAGACAACAGUGUGGCAACCAGGGCUGGUAUACUGACGUUGAGCAUCGAGGCAGGCCUGGGAGAAUUUUGGAAGUUCGCGAACGUGCGAAGGGGCGCGUUCUGGAUGAUUUGA